UUUUUUCUACGCGUAUCUCUCUCUCUCUCUCUCUCUCUCUUUCCUUAAACAAUGAAUCCUAGAAAUAGAGCCUCGUCUCCUCGAACGAGGAGCACGCCUCUUCGUUCUGACAAUACAUUUGAUAGAACUCUAAGAUCUCCAGCACGUCCCAUUAUGAGUAGCGAAUUUGAAGAAGUAUCGCCCACUGCUUUCCAUACACGACACUCUCGACUGGUUACCGAGAAUCCAAGUCCGUUCUAUGAUCGCAUCGAUGAUCAUGAUCUGUUUAGUACACCACCUCCCAUUCCCGAUCAUAUCAGCAUUAUAUCGACUGAUUCAGAUAAUCUGAUGACCCAUAUAGAAGCAUUACCGAAGCGAUUGUAUAAUUCCGAUCCUGCAGAACGGUUGGCUACUCGAGAGGAUCGGUUUCGAACACUUCGACAAGACGCCCUCAUGAAUUAUUUAUCAGGAACUUCAACAUUUAUUGGUGAAAAGCUCGUUGCUUCAACAAAGGGAUUAGAAGAUAUUUAUAACAUGGCAGUUUCAUUCUAUCAACAACAACAAUAUGAAAGAGCAUUGGAGAUACUAAACAAAAAAGAGACAUUAAACAAAAGUGUGCGGUGUCGAUAUUUAGCUGCUCUUUGUUCACUUGCACUAGAAAAAGGCCGAGAUGCACUUGAUUAUCUAGGUCAUAACAAUCCUUUCUCAGAAAAAAGAAACAUGUUUGAAGAUGAUACUGCAGAAGGCUGUCUUAAACUAGAAUCUAUUAUGUGUUAUGCAAGAGGAAAAGCUCAUUUGUUACUUAAGAAUAUAACUGAUGCAAGAGAAUGUUUCAAAGAAGCUUUGACAGUAGAUGUCAAAUGCUAUGACGCACUGAAGGCUCUGGCGAAAUACAAUCUCAUGGACGAAAAAUCAGAAUUAGAAUUUGUAACCACAUUGCCUUAUGAAGAGCAUUGUGGACAAGAUGCAGACUAUUUUCGAUAUCUCUAUGGUCUAAAACUAAAGAAAAGAGAUACUUUGAAUGAAAGAAGACUUAGCUCGGAUGAAAAAGAUAUCUCUGAAAGUUUAGAUGUUCAAUUAAGUACAGCCCAAGGCUUUUUCACAGAAGGAAGAUAUGAAGAAUGCGUCAAGAUUUGUGAAAGGAUAAAGAGUCAGGACGCAUUCUUUGUUGAGUCUAUUCCUCUCCAUGUCACUUGCUUAUUUGAGUUAGGCAUGAAGAAUGAACUGUACUUGUAUGCUCAAGAAUUAGUAGAGAGAUUGAAUGAAGAAGCAGUUGCUUGGCAUGCUGUUGGACUUUACUAUCUUUGCUGCAAAAAGAAUGAAGAGGCAAGAAAGUACUUUCAUCAAGCACUCACAAUCGACCAAUAUUUUUAUGAAGCUUGGUUAGGCUAUGGACAUUCAUUCUCGCUUGAAAAAUACCAUGAUCAGGCGAUUGAAGCAUAUCAUACAUGCAGCAAAUUAGUACCUGGUUCUCAUUUGCCUCUCAUGAAUAUUGCUAUGGAAUUUAUGGAGCAGCAAAAAAUGCAAUCUGCCUUGGAUUAUUUCAAUAUGGCUUUACAGAUCUGUAAACGAGAUCCAUUCUUGUAUAAUGAGAUUGCAGUUUAUUACUAUAAACACAAUGAUUUCAUAAAGGCACAUGAAAGUCUACAUAAAGCGCUCAAUCUAGCUAAAGAACAACACUGUCAAAAUAAUUAUCUUUAUGAAAAGAUUUGGUGUAAUCUAGGGCAUGUUUAUCGUCAUCCACCACUUCGUGAUUAUGAACGUGCCUUACAAUGCUUUCAAAAUGCACUUGUAAGAAACCCACAAAAUUCAGAUGCUCGUGGCGCUGUUGGCAUGAUUUAUCAUUUACAAGGCAAAAUUGCCCGAGCCAUUUCAGAAUAUCAACAGGCACUGAGUUAUUCUGAUGCUAAACUGUUGAUCAAUGAUUUACUGGAAGAAGCACUUAUUGACUAUGCCAAUUCGUCUAUAACAGAUGACUACCAUGGUACAUUUAUCGACGACACAUUUGAUAUCAGUCAAAUUGCCACCACAAUCAAUGAUACAAGUGAUCAAGUAGAAAAAGAAUUGAAUUGGGGAUGGAAUAGCAGGAAAAGAAAAAGUCCCAUAUCGAUACCCAUCCAUACAACAGAUGAUGAAUUGAUUUUAGAUGAAGGUGAUUUUGGACUAUGAAUAUAUACCCCCACCCUAAAGACUCGACUACGUGUUUGUUCAUGAUAAGUUUAUAUGGUUACA